AUGGCUCAAUCUACAGCUCCCGUAGAGCCGCAUAUAUUGCCCCCACCUAUACCCAUCCGCAGCCACCUACGGAACGGGUCAGCAUAUCAGCAGAAAUUACGCGUUAUCAAGUCUACACCCACGAAUCCCGAGAGCGCUCCGUCUUUUCUCGUUCAUCAGACUCUCUUCGAAGAGCUUGACUGUGCGUUGACAGAAACACAGCAGAGACUAGUCAGUGCAGUUUUGGAAGGCAAGAACAUGGUUGGUAAGAGGGAGUCUAUAUGCUGGGACAGCGGGCAAGAGAGUGAUACGAUGACCGAGAGAAGGCGAACAGAUGAGACUCUGAGAGAUUUCUGCUUCAGUGAAGUCGGAUGCCAAGUGAGUUACCGUGACGAUCACCUUGGGCCAUCACGAUUAGAUUCAUCAAAGAUGCACUGGACAGAUUCAGACACUUACGGCCAACACACUAUGGGAGGGCGGAACGAGGGUCUUUUUGAGCGAAUCGAGGUGCAAGGGUGUGUGCCUUCUCUACGAGGAAGUAGGGACGGCACAACUUUUGCGACCCACAUGAGCCACGCGAGCUGCUCCGACAACACAUCACCAAUCUCCGACUAUAGUGUUGAGAAGAUGGAUACAAAGGUGUCCGAUUGGCUCGUACGAGGGUUUCUCAGCCCUGGUUCUGACGAGCCCGGUUCUCCAAGGCAGGCCACCAGCAACUCUAAUCGCCCCUUCCCUCCCAGACACGUCAGUCUCUCGCUCUUUCCGCCAAUGUCUCCGUCGACUGGAAAUCGAAAAUACACGCCACCUGGCAGCCCUUUCGCCCGGACUGUAUGUCCAGUGUCUCUGUUAAACAAUGGAAGAGAUGCUUAUGGCAAUUACAUACCUUCGAACAAGCGGGACUACUUCACUGCGAAGUCCCCAUCGACAUCGCCUAUCGUACAGGCCAUUCCAGACAGUCAUAAUUCCUCAGAACAGGCUAGUUCGUCCCCUAUGGUACGUCUUCGCGGUGGUGGCUGGAACGGUUUCAAGCCAUUCUGGAAGACAUCUGGCACCGAAGAGCCCGGUCAAGGGCUUGGCCCUACUUCCCUACAGAACUUCGAUGAAAAGGAUGGUAUCUUGAGAGAUAUACCCCCAGUAAACUAUGCUGGACGUUCGGAAAGCCGAGCGCCGCGUAGUGUGCGACCGCAAUUCUCGACCACUCAUGUUGGCAAGAUUCAGAGGACAACAAAUGGAACGCUAGGGAGACCAUCUGCUGUUGAUACUAAGCGAGAUGAUCAUGUUCGUCUUGGCGGAAGCGAGGCAAGGCAAGGUUCGAAUACGCCCGACUCUGCCGAUACGGACGAUAGCUCUGUCGGCAGGGCUCGUGCCGAUGCAGUCUUGUAUCAACAUUUUGGUCCUCAAUUGUCUCCCCCAGUACCGCUAUCCCCAGGAACGCGACUACUCACCAUUCAAGAGCAUCCAACAACUUAUAGUCGAGCUGACAUACCAGCGAGGGCUGGACUGCGUUCGCCUCCUAUCAAUAAAACCUUUAUACCACCGAAUCUUCAAAGUGCACUGGCAGCCGAGAACGAGUACAAGAGCUACUCCAUAGUCCAUUCGUCUCCAGUUGCGAAGACAAGACCAAAUUCAUGGGAUACUCUAGAGUCGCAGAAAAUUCAGGAGACUGAUGGUACGGUGCGAAGUCAUGUGGUCAGCCCAAGGAGCAACAAGAAGUGGGAUAGAAAGAAUCCUCCUCCACCGCUCAGACCCCCUCCACCGAACCCACCCAGAUACCUGCGAGCCGAGCCACCCGAAGAUGACGCUUCCCAAAACUCUGAUGAUGAUGGUUGUCGAGCACCAUCAAUGCUAUCCGCCAAUACUAUGGAUGACAAGUUGAUUGACAUGCUAGGUUUGGAUAAAACCGAUGCAUAUAGGAGAGUUGAACAUGAGCGUGCGGUUCAACGUAUACAAGCAGAGAGACAAGGUUAUGAGGAAGCGCAUCGUAGAUGUGAUGUGAACGUCAGACGGCAGGAGGAAAUGCUACAUGAAGAGCCUGAUCGGAGCACUAUGGUACCGGAUGAUAACGCUACUGUGGUACGAAGACGUCAGUCAAUCGAGAGACAGCAUGAAUUGGAGUGUAUGCCAGCUUCGGAUGAGCAUCGUCCUCCCAGCUCACCAUUGCCAUCGCAGUAUCUACCUCGCCAUGGUCGUAUCAAAGCUGAAGCUCAGGUCAUAUCCCAACAGCGGAACGCGCAGUACCGUACCAUCGGUCACCCAUCUCUUGUACCUGCAUCAGAACCCGUUGGGCCGGCUUCUGUCAAACGCCAGAACUCGUUGCAAACAGUCAUCUCCAAAGCAGGAGAACUAACACGUUUCAUGCUUGCUGCGCCUUCCGACUCUAAAUACAAGACGUAUUCGAAACGGAAUCCACCAGUGAAGAACCAAGAGGAGAAACAACCAAGACUGGGCGCAGAUACUACUGGAUGGCCCAGGAACGGUAAAUUAAUUUCUACAGCAACACAUGGAAUGCUCGUACCGACUCAGGCACCCGACUCAAGGACAAUUUUCGGCUACGACCAGCCUCCAAAUAGUAGAGGUGGUCAGACACAGCCGGACAACAGGGGUUGGGAGCACCCGAGGGGGAGAAGAGCAAAGAAAGUUGAGAAAGUUGAGAGCAAGAGACGGGGAGCAAAAUGGGGAAGAAGACCGAAGGAAAAAACAUCUGUGGGAGACACCAAUGCAAUGGACUUGGCAUCUAGAGAUAUGCACGGAGGCGGAUCCUCCGACACUUCAGCGGCCAAAACGAAUACUCACACUGCUCGACCAAGAGGUGCUACACGGCUUCAACACCCGGGGUUUGCUAGAAGCGGACCUCGUGCACGUUCGUCAUCACGUGAAGCACCCACACCAACCGCUGGACCACCUCCCGUUUCCGUUCCCGUUCUCAUGAACCAACAACUAAAACACACUUUCACUCCUAUUUAUACGACAGGCACGCCGAAAACCAGAUUCGGCCCACCAGACGGUGAGGGCAAAUGCUACGUCCGCCGCGAUGACGGAGAAGUACUUCCGUUCAACCCUGCACUCGGAUAUCCGUAUCACUGGAGACUGAAUACAUACUACGACGUCGGCAAUCCAGAUGUUGCGACGCUGAAAUGGCUAGAGGAAAUACGCGCACAAACAGAUGCAAAUGCCGAGCCUAUCGUUAAUAUGAGAGGUGGUGACAUUGUUUCCCCGAACAGCGAAGCAAACAGUCUAGCAUCACACCAUCGCCUCCUGACUUCAGCAGCAAUGGUUUUGAACAGUGGCAGCGAGGUGAUUGGUAGCUCGGACAUGGACGCCCUGCUUAUGUCGUCUACACGUCUUAACCUCGAUCAAGUCACCCAUGAAGCCAUUGCGUCAGUCAAUCGCACCAAUGGGGAUGAUACUAGACCCAACUUUGAUGAAGCAAAUGUACGGUCGAGUUUUAGCACUGACUCUACUGUUGAUUUAAGGCGGAAGAAGAAGGCGAGGGAGAAUGUCUGGCGAAAUGAGGACAAGGCUAGGGCUAUGGCUAUGGCUAUGCAUUCUCUUGGGUAA